CUCUCUCUCUCUCUCUCUCUCUCUCUCUCUCCCCUCUCUCUCUUUUAAAAGAAGGACUUUUAUUUUCAAAACUCUUAAUAAUGAUAUCCUUAAAUGAAUUAUACGUUGAAGAUGUUGAGAAGAUAUUUGAUUAUAGAUUUAAAAAUAAAAGCUUAAAUGCUAUAUUCUUAAAUCCUUCCUGCAAAACAAAAUUAAUUCUUUCUAGCUCUAAAUAUUUCAAAAGCUGCCAUUCUUAUAAUCAAAUUACUAAAAUAAUUUGUUAAAAGGUUAAUACAUAUUUCAUUCUUCACGUCUUAUUUUUAAAAAUGUCCUUUCUGCUUCCUCUCCCACAUAUUUUCUCAGCACGUAAUUGAUCAUUCUCUUAAAAUAGUCUUGUUUAUAUUUCUUUCAGAACGAAAUAAUUAAUUUUGUAUUAUUCCUAUCUUUUUAAAAGGAAAAGUAUUUGUUUCCAAUUUGGAAUACGUUUUCACUGCAACAGGAAGUGACUUCAACAAAAUGGCGGCAGCGCAGAAUAAGGUUAAACUUUUUGAAAACGUGCUAAAUCAAGAAAUUAUUUCGUUGGAAGAAAUAAAAAAGUUGUGCUUCAGUGGAUGUCCUGAGGAAGCAAGUAUUAGGGCUACGUGCUGGAAGCUCUUACUCAAUUACAUUCCCCCAGAAACUGCAGAUUGGAAAUCUCACUUGAAAAAGCAAAGGGAAUCCUACGCAAAAUUUAUAGAUGAACUGGUUCAGAAUAGCGUUGAAAACGACAAUGAUAGUUCCACGAAAGAUCAUCCAUUAAAUACAAAUCCUCAGUCUGACUGGAACCAAUAUUUUAAGGAUAACGAGAUGUUGUGCCAAAUUGAUAGAGACUGUAGACGAUUAUCACCUGGAUUAGCAUUUUAUCAGUAUGAAACCAAGUAUCCUUACGGUAAGAUAUUUAAAUCGAAUCACGAAACGAAUCCUUUGAGGAAGAGACUGGCAGGUAUUGCUUUGUCUGCCGAAGAAAUUCAUACGAAUAAAGUUGGAACCUUUCAAAAAAAUAAGGAAAUAAAAAAGAAAGCUCCCGAGCAACUUUCUGACGGUGAAGAGUAUCAUUGGGAAGUAGUUGAACGAAUCUUGUUUGUUUAUACCAAACUCAAUAAGGGUCAAGGCUAUGUUCAAGGAAUGAACGAAGUUAUUGGACCUCUAUAUUAUACAUUCGCUACUGAUCCUGAUCAAAGUGGUCAGGAAAAUGCUGAAGCUGACACAUUUUGGUGCUUUAUGAAUUUGAUGUCAGAAGUUCGAGAUAAUUUUAUAAAGUCUCUAGACGAGUCCAAGGUAGGGAUAACGCAUAAAAUGCAACAAGUUAUGGAGGUGUUAGAGAAAAUUGAUACUCCUUUAUAUAUCUAUUUGACAAAAAAUCUGGAAGUAAAGCCACAAUAUUUCUGCUUCCGAUGGAUUACCGUUCUAUUAACUCAAGAAUUUGAUUUACCCAAUGUCGUUCGAAUUUGGGAUUCUUUAUUAUCUCACGAGAAGCGUUUUGAUUUCUUAAUAUAUAUUUGUUGCGCAAUGCUUAAAUUGAUAAGAGGAGAUAUCCUCAAAAAAGAUUUCACCGCUGCUCUAAAGACAUUACAAGUAAGGCUAUAUUAA